UUUUAAAAAGCAGUAAUUUAUUGUCUAUCAUUUAUAUUUGACUGAUUAAAUGACUAUUGCAUUUGUUUGUUUAUACUAGAUGUCUCUUUUUAAGAAAAGUUGUAGAAUAAUUACCAGUGAAGCUCAAAAACUAGAAUUUGGAUUGUUGUUGUAAUUAGGCAGAUCUUUUGAAGCAGAGGAGGAGGAAGAUAGAAAGAUGUUUGGUGUUCCAAAUUUACUGCAUGAAUCAACAUUUGAUACAAGCACAGUAAUUUCAAUUACUGUGUUUGUGAGUUUACUUAUUUUGUGUAUUAUCAUUGGUCAUUUGCUUGAAGAAAAUCGUUGGGCAAAUGAAUCCAUUACCUCUCUUUUAUUGGGUGUGGUGUCUGGAGGUGUUGUACUAUUGCUACGUAAAGGCCAGAAUUCACGCAUACUUGAGUUUGAUGAAGAGUUAUUCUUCAUUUACUUGCUGCCACCAAUCAUUUUCAAUGCUGGGUUUCAGGUUAAGAAAAAGCAAUUUUUCAAGAACUUCGCAACCAUAUUGUCUUUUGGGGUGCUAGGCACAUUAAUAUCAUUCUGCCUGAUCUCAUUGGGUGUAUUAUUUUUGUUGAAUAAGAUUGGAUUGACGCAGCUUAGUGUUAAUGACUAUCUGGCCCUUGGUGCCAUAUUGUCUGCAACCGAUUCUGUUUGUACCUUGCAGGUCCUAAAUCAGGAUGAAACACCACUUCUUUAUAGUGUUGUAUUUGGAGAAGGAGUUGUAAAUGAUGCAACCUCAAUUGUGCUUUUCAAUGCAGUUCAAUCACUUGAUCUCAGCAACCUCGGUACCAUGACUGCCCUUGCAUUUUUGGGGACCUUCUUGUACCUCUUCAUCACAAGCACACUUCUUGGUGUUAUUGUCGGUCUGUUGAGUGCUUUUAUAAUCAAGAAGCUCUAUAUUGGAAGACAUUCUACAGAUCGUGAAAUUGCACUUAUGAUGCUUAUGGCUUAUUUGUCUUACAUGAUAGCUGAGAUUAUGAGUCUUAGCGGUAUUUUGACAGUAUUCUUUUGUGGAGUUGUCAUGUCACAUUAUACAUGGCAUAAUGUGACGGAAAGCUCAAGGAUAACUGCCAAGCAUGCUUUUGCAACAAUGUCGUUCAUAUCAGAAACUUUCAUCUUUUUGUAUGUUGGUAUGGAUACGCUAGACAUUGACAAGUGGAAGGAGAGCAGUUCGAGUGCAGGAACUUACCUUGCUGUUAGUUCUUCCAUGCUGGCUUUAGUUUUGAUUGGACGAGCAGCUUUUGUCUUCCCCUUAGCAAAUAUUUUAAAUUACACUCGGAAGAAUAGUGAACAAAAAAUUGAUCUAUCUAGACAGUUCAUAAUAUGGUGGGCAGGACUUAUGAGAGGUGCAGUUACUGUCGCUUUGUCCUACAACGCGUUUUCAUCAGGUUCUGGAGUGCCCGUAUCAAAUGAGAGAGCGCUGAUGAUCAGCUGUACUCUUAUCGUUGUUCUGUUUAGUACCCUGUUGUUCGGUACUGUAACGAAGCCUUUGAUCAAAGCCGUUUUGGGAGCUCCAGCACAUGCAUUAUCAGAUGCAACUGAUAUUCCAAGCCUUGAAUAUUUAGAUAUCCCUUUCCUCGAAAAUCAAGAUCAGGAUCAGAACGGGGAUCAAGAUCCUCAACGUCGAAGAAGGGGCUUAAGCUUGCUAAUGAAGUAUCCUACUGGUGCCGUACACCAUAUUUGGCGGAAAUUUGAUGAUAAGUUUAUGAGACCUGUUUUCGGUGGAAGAGGUUUCGUGACAUACGAACCAGCUUCACCAACGGGUGCUGCGGAUCCAAGUCACGAACGCUAGAAUUUUGAUUUCAAGGUUUUUACGUCUUCUUUCUUAAAGAGUUUUUCCACGCGAAAUAAUGUAAAGCAUUUUUUGUUUUCUUCUUUGUAUAUUAUGAUAAAUUGAUAUUAACCUUGUUUGACAACAAUGUCGAUGGGAAUCGGAGAUUGGAAGUUUGGAACCGAUGAUUGGAAUGGGUCCGAAAGGCCUUGCAUAGUAGCACAUGUAAUGAUGUAAUUUGAUAGAAUAUGGUGCUGACUGACUAUGUCUAAGACUAUUAAUAGAUUAUGUAUGGUUAUGGAUUUGUGUUGUAGCACUUGUAUUUUGCAUGAAAGCCUUACUUGGUAAGUUUUUAGGUAGGUAGUGUAUGUUUUAAUUGUUAGACAGAAACUCAUGUCAUGGGAUAAUCAGGAGGAGAUUUGACAAGCUAUAUUAUUUACUCCUUCCGUCCUAUUGAAUUUGUAUCAUUUUCAUUUUGGUCAAUCCCAUUAAAUUUGCA